AUGGAGAUGCUAGCAGUUCCUGCUCGAGUCCGACCAUCCGACGUGAUGUCAGUACGAAGUGGGAUCUCGAGAAGAAGUAUGCGCUCCGGCGUCUCUUCGUUGAGACUUGAUCCCAAGGACGACAAGGGUCGAGUUCCUCACCCUUCUCACCGGCAUGCUUCUCCGUCUGCUCCUUGGCCUUGGGUCGACUUGGAAGAUGAGGUUGAUCGUGAACAACUCGAAUGUCCUCUUCCACCUAUCCCUGAACUUUGCAACCACGUUGACUGUGGAGGAUGUUGGAGGGGGUACCCCCAAUCCCGCUUUCCCAACUGGACCGAACGACAAGUGAUAAAAAGCAAGAUCAUGGGUGCCAUCAGGGAGUUCUCCAAGGAAAAGCCUUGUAUUUGCUACCAGGUUGACGUAGAUGAAAAUGGAUUCUUCACGAAUCCUGGUCCGAUAGUGGCAAACCAUGGAGAGGAGGACGCUACAUGGAAUCAUUUGAUCACUGAGAAGAGACCCAAAAACCUUAGGGUUCGUGCUCUUUUCAUUGAAAACAUCUCUGGACCGAUGUUGCAGAUGCUUGGGGCAAAGUACAACAUUGAACCGUUUUUUUGGUCCUCAUCCUUAAACUGGAUCCCAUCUCGAUUUCAGGAAGAAGUAAAACCUGGCAUUGGAGACCAUAUCACGAUCACACUUACCUUUUUGCGAUCCAUGUCCAAUCAUGACGCAGUACAACUCAACCACGCAUUCGGGAAGUCGACGGAUUCACUCAAGGCGAAAGCACCGGGAACUUUGCUUGGCAGCCAGAAGAUUGAUCCGCACUCUCCGCUUAUGCUACAUUCGAACAAUCGAUUGCUUGUAUUGGACCUAUUAGCAGUCCACCUAAUUCGCAAUGUUAAUGGCAGCACCAUCCUCUCAUUCCAUCCUACACUGAAUCUUCCUACGACCACGGCCGCUUUUCUACACGAACGUAUCCGCUUUGCCGGACAGAGUGUGUAUUGGCAAAGCAUUUUCCAACAAUCAUCCGACCCUACCUUUGUUCUCUUGACCUUUGUGUGGCAUGCCAUGUAUGCCUGGGAUGAGGCUCUGGAGAAUUUAUAUGACCACAUCUGCACGCUGGAAUCUCGUGUCAUUACGACAGAGGAUAUGCCACUGACCCAGGAGCUACACGUCAUAAGGGCUCAUCAUCUUCACUACGCAUCACUUCUUGAUGACUACGCCAAACAUGUCGUCUUUAUUCGGGACACUCACAACCCUGCCCUGGACAAUGUGUCUGAAGAAGAUCAACAGUUCAGCAAGACAAUUAUGGCUAGAGAAUGUGCAAAUCUCUUGACAGAAAUAAAACGCCUCAACUCGGAACUUCACAUGCAGGAACGACGACUGAAAAAUGUGAUGGGUCUUGUGUUCAGUAGUGUGAACAUAAGUGACAGUCGGUACAUGAGAGUUAUGACGGAAGCUGCGGUUCGAGACAGCGCCGGUAAGCUUCCUUUUCUCGAACGCGUAAUUUGCAUAAACUUAUCAUCUUCGUUGCUUUCCCUUUUAGCGAUGAAGCAAGUCGCUUAUCUUACCAUGGUCUUCCUGCCUGCUUCUUUUGUGGCGGGCGUUUUUGGGAUGAACGUGAGCGAGAUCAAUCCCGGGUCUCUUGGCACUUUGCCCCGCUACAUUGAAAUUGCGCUUCCUCUUACUUUGGUGACUGCUUGGAUAAUCAUCGCGUUCCAAAGCACGUACAUCUUCCCGGAGAACACAGGCUUUAUGAAACGAUUGGGCUGGCCCGUCUACUUAAUCAAGCGGAUGAUGGAACGGCGGCAAAUGCAACAAUUGGACACUCAGUCUGAAUUCACCGACUUCAGUAUAGCUAAGUCAGAAGGAAACCGUGUAUCCCCCUUCUGA